AUGGCAAAUAAUGUUUGGAAAACCAUAAUUUUGGGUGUUUUAGUAUCACUGAAUAAUGAAAGUAUGAAAAACAUUUAUGAUAAAUUGGCAUAUCCUUGCACUAAUGAUAAAGAAUGUGAAGUUGGGAAGUACUGCCAUAGUCCCCAUCAAACUACAUCUGCCUGCAUGGUUUGUAGAAGGAAGAAGAAACGUUGCCACAGAGAUGGCAUGUGCUGUCCUGGAAACCGCUGUAACAAUGGUAUUUGUAUACCAGUGACUGAGAGCAUUCUCACACCCCAUAUUCCAGCUCUAGAAGUGCCUCGCAAUAAAAAAAAUAAUCACUAUCCCACCAAGGAUUUGGGCUGGCAAAAUCUUGGGAAAGGACAGUCUAAGCUGACACAUGCCAAAGGUCAUGAAGGAGACCCUUGCUUAAGGUCCUCUGAUUGCACAGAAGGGUUUUGUUGUGCUCGUCAUUUUUGGACCAAAAUUUGCAAGCCUGUGCUACACCAAGGAGAGGUAUGCACCAAACAGCGGAAGAAAGGUUCCCAUGGCUUGGAGAUUUUCCAGCGAUGUGACUGUGCCAAAGGCUUAUCAUGUAAAAUCUGGAAAGAUGCUACUUAUUCUUCAAAAGCAAGACUUCAUAUGUGCCAGAAGAUCUGAUGCGGGAUUUGAAAAAUUGUCACCAGCAGGCCUUGACAAGUGUCUACUGCAUAGACUAUGGUGGAAAAAAAUUAAUUGUAAAUAAGAAAUGACUGGCCCAAGUAUCCUUUGGGGCAAGGAAAAGCAUCAUCUCCACAUGUGUUAUAAUUCUGCUUGGAAGUACAGUUGACAGCAGAUGGAUGUUCUUUUUAAGUGUGAUACCAUACUACAGUGGAGCCAAAGAUUUGCAUCAAAGCUCUACUGAUAGCCUUGUGACUUCUCCAUAUUAGUUGUAGGUAGUUUAUCCCACUCUGGUGAUAAAAUAGGA